AUGAUCGGCGGCUCCAUGUAUAUAAGACCCACGUUCGCCCUGCGUUCAGUCUCUUUGCACUCAGCCCAUCAUUCAUUCAUUCACAGAUCAACAGCAACUCUGCACCCACUCCAAAACAAAAGGAUGGGUCCCCUUCAGCUGUUCCAACUGGCUCUGUGGCUCGAGGUAGUUUCCUCCAACUCGUUGUGCAAGCUGCACAACACCACCAUAGCGUUGGAGAAGAGCGGCUGCGCCGAGUGUCUUUACAUCAACACCACCGUCUGCAGUGGCUACUGCUACACCUGGCAACUGAUCGGGCACAAUAUGAAGAAGAUUGCCCAGGAGGUGUGCACGUACACGGACGUGGGCUACGAGACCGUGACCCUGCACGGCUGUGACCCCGGAGUUGACCCGACCCUCUACUAUCCGGUGGCGCUCAGCUGCCAGUGCAGCCAGUGCCAGACCGACACCACCGACUGCACCGAGCGCAGCUUGAGACCCGACUACUGCAGCCACCCGAGCCAGAUCAAGGAGCCACCGCUUGCAGUCGAUCUGACCAACGAAACCGUGCCAGCUGCGGGCAGUGACCGGGUUUAAGAAGAGGCUUAACGGAGAGUUCAUGGGGUGGGGGGUGCUGCUAAAUUGUCUAAACUCGAGAGAUGUGAUCGACUGGCAUUGAGUUUUUGGUGUUUACGAUAGAGUCAGAUUUAAAUCAUGAUCUCUUCAUGUGAGCUUUAUGUGGCUAUGCCGUGUUUUUGUAUGUGCUUUCAUUUAGCCAUUGGUUUGAAUACAGACUCCGCACUUUUUAACCAGGUCAAAUUAUUUUGCAGGCUUACAAAGGCUAACCCUAAUGUAUGUAACGGUAAGCAAAUGAUGUGCCGAUAAAUGUUUGUGAGGCUAUAUAAAGUAAUAUCAACGAGACAACCAGCACCAAUUAAGAAACGAUUUUGUUGAAUGAACUAGCAACGCAGAAUUGUAACAAUUAUUUGCAUUGUGUGGGAGGGUGUGUGUGUGUGAAUCGUUAUGCUCUGGAAAGAAACACCCAAAACCUAUGCCCGAUGCCAAUAAAGUUAAACAAAUCUGGCGCACCAACCCGAUUAUAAGACGCACCCCAAGUGCAUGCUAUGCGGGUGAAUAAUAGAAGCUUUCCAAAUGACACAUCUUACAUUUAAGGGGCAAUGUUGGCAGUGGUAUUAUGGCAGGAGCACACGAAGCACAUUUCCACCACCAUCAGUGCCUUUGGUAGUGUUUCAGUGGUAGAAAUAUAUAGUUAUGUGCUUGGCCGUUUGAAGGAGUGUGUUACCGUUGUUAUAGCUAUUACUAUUUUCCGAAGCAUUUUCUUUUAAUGUUCCCUCACUGACAAAUAUUGAUAACACAUUUGCUGUACUCUUACACAAUGGCUAAUUACUUUCGCGAAGGCCUCUUGACUGCUUUCCAAGUUGAUGUCGUUCAGUGUUGUCAUGGAUUGUUUAAAAAGUUCCACUUUCCAACAGUGAAAAUAAUUUCUAACCACUGUAAUCCAAGUCUCAUGAAUUCAGCAGCACUUGAGUCAAACGUAAAUUUUACUUUAAAGCUUCCAAAAAGAGUA